AGCCGGGCUGGGCCGUGCCGAGCCGGGCAGGGCCGGGCAGGGCGGUGGCAGCUUCCGUGCGGGGCGAGCGGUGAGCGGACGCGGAGGUAGCGCUGCCGGUGCCCAGCCAUGAUGCCCUUCGGGGGGAUCGCUGCUCGGCUGGAGCGGGACCGCCUGAGAGCCGAGGGGGUCGGCCAGCACCACAACGCCAUCAAGUACCUCAACCAGGACUACGAGGCCCUCAAACAGGAGUGCAUCGAGAGCGGAACCCUCUUCAGGGACCCCCAGUUCCCAGCCGGCCCCUCCGCCCUCGGGUUCAAGGAGCUGGGGCCGCACUCCAGCAAGACGCGGGGGGUGGAGUGGAAGCGCCCCUCGGAGUUAGUGGGUGACCCUCAGUUCAUCGUUGGCGGCGCAACCCGGACGGAUAUCUGCCAGGGGGCUCUGGGUGACUGCUGGCUCCUGGCUGCCAUCGGCUCCCUCACGCUCAAUGAGGAGCUCCUGCACCGCGUGGUGCCCCACGGGCAGAGCUUCCAGGAGGACUAUGCUGGCAUCUUCCACUUCCAGAUCUGGCAGUUCGGCGAGUGGGUGGACGUGGUGGUGGAUGACCAGCUGCCCACCAAGGACGGGGAGCUCCUGUUCGUGCACUCAGCGGAGUGCACCGAGUUCUGGAGUGCUCUGCUGGAGAAGGCCUAUGCCAAGCUGAACGGCUGCUACGAGGCGCUCUCGGGGGGCAGCACCACCGAGGGCUUUGAGGACUUCACCGGCGGCGUGGCAGAGAUGUACGACCUCAAGCGGGCGCCGCGCAACAUGGGCCACAUCAUCCGCAAGGCGCUGGAGAGGGGGUCCCUGCUGGGCUGCUCCAUCGACAUCACAAGUGCCUUUGAUAUGGAAGCGGUGACCUUCAAGAAGCUGGUGAAGGGCCAUGCCUAUUCCGUCACAGCCUUCAGAGAUGUGAACUACCGGGGUCAGCAGGAACAGCUCAUCCGCAUCAGGAACCCCUGGGGUCAGGUGGAGUGGACGGGAGCCUGGAGCGAUGGCUCCCCUGAGUGGGACAACAUUGACCCCAGCGACAGGGAAGAGCUUCAGCUGAAGAUGGAGGAUGGAGAGUUCUGGAUGUCUUUCCGGGACUUCAUGAGGGAGUUCUCCAGGCUGGAGAUCUGCAACCUCACCCCCGAUGCCCUCACCAAGGACGAGCUCAGCAGGUGGCACACGCAGGUGUUCGAGGGCACGUGGCGCCGGGGGAGCACUGCUGGGGGCUGCAGGAACCACCCAGCCACGUUCUGGAUCAACCCCCAGUUUAAGAUCAAGCUGCUGGAAGAGGAUGAUGACCCCGGGGACGACGAGGUGGCCUGCAGCUUCUUGGUGGCCCUGAUGCAGAAGCACCGGCGGCGGGAGCGGCGGGUGGGUGGCGACAUGCACACCAUUGGCUUCGCUGUCUACGAGGUUCCUGAGGAGGCCCAGGGCAGCCAGAACGUGCACUUGAAGAAGGACUUCUUCCUGCGAAACCAGUCGCGGGCACGCUCCGAGACCUUCAUCAACCUGCGGGAGGUGAGCAACCAGAUCCGUCUGCCCCCUGGCGAGUACAUCGUUGUGCCCUCCACCUUUGAGCCGCACAAGGAGGCCGACUUCGUCCUGCGGGUCUUCACCGAGAAGCAGUCGGACACGGCGGAGCUGGACGAGGAGAUCUCUGCAGAUCUGGCAGACGAGGAGGAAAUAACCGAGGAUGACAUAGAGGAUGGCUUCAAGAACAUGUUCCAGCAGCUGGCAGGAGAGGACAUGGAAAUCAGCGUCUUCGAGCUCAGGACCAUUCUGAACAGAGUCAUCGCUAGACACAAAGACCUGAAGACAGAUGGGUUCAGCCUGGACUCCUGCCGCAACAUGGUCAACCUGAUGGAUAAGGACGGCAGCGCCCGCCUGGGGCUGGUGGAGUUCCAGAUCCUGUGGAAUAAGAUCCGAAACUGGCUGGUUAUCUUCCGUCAGCACGACCUGGAUAAGUCGGGCACCAUGAGCUCCUACGAGAUGCGCAUGGCACUGGAGUCGGCUGGUUUCAAGCUGAACAACAAGCUGCACCAGGUGGUGGUGGCCCGCUACGCGGACGCCGACAUGGGCGUGGACUUCGACAACUUCGUCUGCUGCCUGGUCAAGCUGGAGGCCAUGUUCAGGUUCUUCCGCAGCAUGGACCCCGAGGGCACGGGCACCGCCGUGAUGAACUUCGCCGAGUGGUUGCUGCUGACGAUGUGUGGCUAGGAGCCAGGACUGAUCCGCUGUGGCUGGGACACCCCGGCGGGCCAGGCCCCCUCCAAGUGCCUCCCCUCGGGUCCGUGGACACAGGACAAUCCCUCCCCUCGCUCCAUCCCACGCCGAGCCACC